UUGGUUUUACUGUGAAUUUUCAGUGUUUUCUUUGAAUUUUCAGUGAUUUUCUCAACUUUGUGUUUUGAUUUCUUGAACAGAAAGAGAUUUAGUGUUCUCGUGAAGUUUUCUUUCUAAGAAUCAAUGUGGAAAUUGCAAGAAAAACAUCAAAGAACAAUCAGAGUGGAAUACGCAAAACGGAAUAACAACAAAGUGAAAUCAACGGAAGUUUUCCAGCUUUUCCGAGCAGCUUGAGCAGUCCAGGAUGAUCCUGAAUAUCUUCUAACAAGUUUUUUUUUAUUUCAAUUUGUGGACUAAAUGAGCAUUCUUUUGGGGAGAAAUUCAUUUGUGGAAGUGUGGAGGUUGUGAUGCGGGUACUCGUGGGCGCCCUGUGACCUCUGACAUGGUGCCCAGCUGGCCGGUACUCCUGCUGCUGACCACAGCUACCAUGGGACAGAAGAUUCAGCUCACGCAGAGGAACAACCACGCCAACAUUUCCGACUUGCUGGACAAUCUGCUGCGUGGCUAUGACAACAGCGUGCGUCCAGAUUUUGGGGGGAAACCAGCUGUAAUUGAAGUUGACAUCAUGGUACGGAGUAUGGGACCAAUUUCCGAAGUGGACAUGACAUACUCAAUGGAUUGCUACUUCCGUCAAUCAUGGGUGGAUCGCAGGCUGGCCUUCCACGGGGCUCAGGACACCCUGGCGCUCAGCAUUUCCAUGUUGGCACGCAUCUGGAAGCCCGACACAUACUUCUACAAUGGAAAGCAGAGCUACCUGCACACCAUCACGACACCCAAUAAAUUUGUGAGACUCCAUCAGGAUGGCAGAGUUCUCUACUCGAGUCGAUUAACCAUCAAAGCUGGAUGUCCGAUGAAUUUGGAGGACUUUCCCAUGGAUGUUCAACGGUGCCCACUUAAAUUUGGUUCAUUCGGCUACACCACCACCGAUGUCGUCUAUCGAUGGAACCAGAAGCGCCAGGUGGCAAUUGCGGAGGAUAUGAAGCUCUCGCAAUUCGAUUUAGUGGAUUGUCCCGCUGAGAAUGUCACAGAUACCGUCCUCCAUGGCGAUACGGCAAAUCAACCCACCCACAAGGCACGAAUCGCUGAAUACUCCAUGCUGUUGGUCAACUUCCAUCUGCAGCGUCACAUGGGGAACUUCCUCAUUCAAGUGUACGGACCAUGCAUCCUGCUCGUCGUGCUCUCGUGGGUGUCCUUUUGGCUGAAUCGUGAAGCAACAGCCGAUAGAGUUUCAUUGGGAAUCACAACAGUCCUCACAAUGACCUUCCUGGGCUUGGAAGCACGCACAGAUCUGCCCAAGGUGCCCUACCCCACGGCUUUGGACUUUUUUGUCUUUCUCUCCUUUGCCUUUAUCUUCGCAACGAUCCUUCAGUUUGCCAUUGUGCACUACUUCACAAAGUAUGGCUCUGGUGAAUGCUACUUCAGCGCUGAAGACUUCAACACGGAUUCAGAGAGCGAAAGCGAUGAUGAGAGGACUCCGUUGAAGAGUGGAGGCGGAGUUAAGGCGAAGCAACAAGCAACGGUUAAUGUUUCAAAUGGCGCCAGUAUGUUUGAGGUUAUCCCCUUGUCUGUGUGCUCUAUCCCCCCAACGCCAACGAAGACAACACGAAGAUCCUUCCUGGAGAUUCUCUGUUGCCGAAAGAGUGUGGAAAAGGACACGAUUUACGCCAUGACACCUAGCCCAGCUGGAACAGUGACCUUCCAAAGAAGCUCCUUUUCUGCAGCAGUUGCCGCUGAAGGAAGCGUCAGGAGGCAGAGGCGGCGCAGACGACAGAUGCCGCGUUUUAAUUCCGUUUCAAAGAUUGAUCGUGCAUCGAGGAUUGUCUUUCCGCUGCUUUUUCUCAUGAUUAAUUUGUUCUAUUGGUAUUCGUACCUCACACGGAGUUCAAGAUUCCCAAAAUCAUCAGCUUUAGGAACUUAAUUUACUUCCAAUUGAAGCGUGAAUGAAACAAGAAAAACUGAAACAGAAGAUCGAAUAAGAUCACAAAAUAAAACAUGGCGAAUUAACGGAAUUUGUUUUUGAAUUUUGUGGAAGUAUUCGCGUGUCCCAUAAUUAUACCCAUUUGGCUGGAAACUUUUAAUUAAUACCUGGAUAAAUAUUGGACAACUCAAUGUAAUAAAAUUGAAAGAUUUUAGAGAAAAAAAUCUUGAUUUAUUAUUUUGCAAAACAAAAAAAAUAAGAGUUUGUACCAUCUAACAUCUCAACGAAUAUAA